AUGGCUAUACCAAUAACAGUGCUUGACUGUGACCUCUUGCUGUAUGGCCGAGGUCACCGAACAUUGGACCGCUUUAAGCUAGAUGAUGUGACUGAUGAAUACUUGAUGUCUAUGUAUGGGUUUCCUCGACAGUUUAUUUAUUACUUGGUGGAUCUCUUGGGGGCAAGUCUAUCUAGACCUACUCAGCGAUCCAGGGCUAUUAGCCCAGAGACACAGAUCCUUGCAGCAUUGGGCUUUUAUACCUCAGGUUCCUUUCAGACUCGAAUGGGAGAUGCUAUUGGAAUCAGUCAAGCCUCUAUGAGUCGUUGCGUUGCCAAUGUCACCGAAGCACUUGUGGAAAGGGCCUCACAGUUCAUUCGCUUUCCAGCUGAUGAAGCCUCCAUGCAGGCUCUGAAGGAUGAAUUCUAUGGGUUGGCAGGGAUGCCAGGAGUUAUAGGGGUGGUUGACUGUAUCCAUGUGGCGAUCAAGGCGCCAAAUGCUGAAGAUCUCUCCUAUGUGAAUCGCAAAGGUCUGCAUUCUUUAAACUGCCUUAUGGUGUGUGACAUCAGAGGGGCACUAAUGACUGUGGAGACAAACUGGCCAGGUAGCCUACAGGACUAUGCUGUACUGCAACAGUCUUCUCUCAGUAGUCAGUUUGAAGCUGGAAUGUACAAAGAUAGCUGGUUUCUUGGUGACAGUUCCUUCUUUCUUCGCACCUGGCUCAUGACACCACUUCAUAUUCCUGAAACUCCAGCAGAAUAUCGCUAUAAUAUGGCCCAUUCUGCAACUCACAGUGUGAUUGAGAAGACUUUCCGAACCCUCUACUCCCGGUUCCGCUGCCUGGACGGAUCCAAGGGGGCACUUCAGUAUUCACCAGAAAAGUCCAGCCACAUCAUCUUGGCGUGUUGUGUUCUCCACAACAUCUCCCUAGAGCAUGGGAUGGAUAUUUGGUCCUCUCCAAUGACAGGACCCAUGGAACAGCCCCCUGAGGAAGAGUAUGAGCACAUGGAGUCCCUGGACUUAGAAGCGGACCGUAUCCGUCAAGAGCUAAUGUUCACUCAUUUUAGCUAACAUGGAAAAUGCGAAGCAGGAAGACUUCCCAGAAGGAGCUGUGACAAACUUUUUAUUCUUACUACCUUCCACACAAGUUCCAUCAUCUAGCGUAACUGAGUGUGCAAA